UCUGACCCGGAGAGACAAACCCUGACUGAGGAGGGCAAAAGCCAAAGUUAGGGUACAAGUGAUACAGACUCAAACUCAAGCAAGCCUGUCUCAUCAAGUUGACCGGGAGGAAGGGCUCAAAAGGCGCACAUGAUCAUAGCUAGAUUAAGGAGGGGUAAAGGUGCCUGUCCUGUGAUGUUUGUCACCUUGGUUGACGAGCUUAUCCAUCGGCAGAUAUGCAUCAGUCCAAUACAUGCUGCGCUCCUUUCAGCGACUCAAUCAGGCUGGAAAGAGUUGCAAGAGGUUGAUCAUCAGUCAUUGUGGGUAGUAUAGUAGUUUAGUUGACAUAGUUUGAAUACCUCCAGG